UUUUAAACCAAUAAAAGAAACUGUAUCUUAAGUAUUUCGGCGCCCGAAAUGAAUCUUAUUUGGCAUGUGGCAUGGUUUUUUAGUUCAAAAACUAAUCCUCGACCAAACUGGUCAGGUUAUAUGAUGCAUACUACAUCACAAUCAACAACAACUUAUGAAAAAGCGUCCAUCAAGAUUUUACUUAUUAUUGAAUUAAAUUCUUCAGAUGAAACGUGCAUAUAUUCUACACUGUUGUUCAUUAUUGAUGAAGCUAAUAAAUAUAAAAUAGUUACUGUCUGCGUUACGUUUGAUCAAUCUUUGUGGCAGAAAGCGCUCGGUGUUAUAAAAGAUCAGAACCUCAAUAUAAUAUGCCGACUUAGAGGAUUUCACACAAUGAUGAGCUUUCUUGGCAGCAUUGGAAAACUAAUGACAGGAAGUGGCCUGGAAGAGGUUUUAGAGCAAGUUUACUCUGAAGAUACGGUAAAACAUAUCCUUAAAGGAAAAGCUGUUGCAAGAGCCAUUAGAGGUCACAUGUUGGUCCAGAGUGUGUUGAUGAGUCAUAUUAUAGAUAUUUUAGUUGACAAAUCAAAACUAGAUAUAUCCGGACUUGAAUGCACUUAUAAAAUGGCAAUGCAAAAUGUUAUGAACAAGGAAGAGUUAAUCAGAUUUGGUAAUACAGAUGCUUUCAAAAAUAUAGAAUGUGCUAUAUUAACCGAUACGAAAAAAAAGUCACAUGAAUCACGAACAGCAAAACUUUGGAUCUUGUACAUAUACUAUAUUGGAAUCAUUAAGGAAUUUUUAGUUGCAGAGAGAACUUGUAACUGGUACUUGCAUCUUCAAGCAAUCUCAAAAAUGCUAAACUUAUUUGCUGCAUCAGGAAAUUCAAAGUAUGCCAAGUCCUCUAGGUUAUACUUGAAAGAAAUGCAACAUCUUUCAGAAACAAAUCCGUGGUUACACCAACAAUUUUUAGAUGGUUGUCACGCAUUGCGCCAAUCUGCAAGGUAUUGUGCUGGCCUAUCUUCUGAUCUUGUAAUUGAGCAGACCCCGAUGCUUUCUUUAAAAUGCAAUGGUGAUUUAACUAGAAGUAGAGGAUUUGAUAAAAACGUAUGCAAUCUAUGGAUAAUGAGCAACUGUUGUUCUGCAUGUGUUCAUGAAGCAAUGUAUAAAUUAUCUGGAUUAGGCAUCGGAGUUAUGGAAAACAAUAAAGAAUGGGUAUUAAAAGAUUAGUAUGUGAUUAUAAACAGUGUGAGUUGUUUUAUGUUGUUAUAUGGUUUGCUGUCAGAAAUCCAUUCAAUAUUAAUGAUAAAAAUCUAUAUUCAUUAUCUACGGGUGUUGUGUCAGUGAAUAGUGAAGAUCUUGUCAAUUGUGAAGAGGCUGAGAACAUAUGCGUUCCUCUACAAACUUGUCUCGACGGUCUUAAGUUCAA